UUCCCAUUCCGAUUCGCCUUCAUCCCCCCCGGGGCAUGAAGACUUGGUCGUUACGUUGACAAAUCGUGUGACCUUGUUCUUUGAUCGACAGUUCCUAGCUAUGUGGCCGGUUUUACCACAUCCGUAGCAGGUUAUCCCCUUAGGGUCCUUGCUCUUCUUGUCAUACUUCUUUCUUCCAUUGUUAUCUCCAGCCUUGGAUGGAAACGUUGCAUUAACGUCACGUGUCCAGUCCAUUUCCUCGGUGUAUCUGACCCUGGGUCGAACAGGGACGCUGCGGCCUCUUCCCUGGGGAAAAUAGCGAACAGCUUCCUGAGUCCUUCCGUAGGCAGAUUUAUAACCGUGGAUCCCUUUCAUUUCUUCGGCUAACUCAAACAAGUCAUUGUCAAUGCGGAUAGUUUCCUCGUAGAGUCGUUCUAGUGUGUCCAUAACCACACCAGACCUCAUGAGUUCUUCCUUGACCUUGGGUUUGAGUCCUUGGCGAUACAGUGCCAUGAGUGCGUUGUCAUCCCAGUCAGUCUGGACUGCGUAGUGUUGGAACUUCGCAGCAUAGUCGGCGGCAGACUUGAACUGUUUGACGCGUUGAAUUUCACGCACUGCCUUAUUUUUCUCGUUGGAUAUUCCGAAGACCUGGCGGAGCUUGGUCUUAAACACUCCCCAGUUUUCGAACAGAGUGGUGUUUUCGUCGUCUUCGAUAUCGUCGUCCAGAUAUUUGGUGAGCUGAGGCGCGAUCCAUUUAUGGGCAUCACCUCGCAUAAAAGUCGCAGCGUAGGUGGCCUUGUCGUCGUUCUCGAUCUUUUCAUUGAACUUGAAAAGCAACUCGAGUUGCAGGAUCCAUUCCUCAAGCUUGACACGUUCCCCAUAGUAGGUGUCAGGUUGUUUGGUCUUGAUGCUGACAGGGGUGUCGUUGUCCAUAUCGGGAGUAAGGGUAGGCUGGUCAGUGGUACUGAAGCUAGACAUCUUAAGGGUAUUCACAAUGUUGAGAUCUUGGAGAACUCUGGUUGGGUUUCGCGGAUGACUAGCGGGUAACACUGAAGUAAC